AUGGCAAAGAAAUUUAAGGAUGAUGUAUACGAGAUUGACCGCUGGAUAACAAUACCUUAUGCCAUUGAACUUCAAGAGGCUGGAAUUGAAUUCGACAAGGCAAAGAAAUUUAAGGAUCUACAUGAUCGAAAUAGGAAUGAAGACCAGAAGUCAAAACCGUGUCAAAUACGGACGCAAAUGGAUGGAGUCGAAUUAAAGACAUUAGAGAAAUUUAAGCGUCUACUUUGUCUGGACAAGAUUGAAAACUGGAAGUUAGUACCUUACGGCAAAGAGCUUCAGGAGGCUAGAGUCGAAUUCAACAAGGCAAAGAAAUUUAAGUGUCUACUUGCUCUUAAAGAGAUUGAAGACUGGAACAUACAUGGCGCCACAGAGCUUGCAGAGGCUGGAAUCAAAUUCAAGAAGGCAGAUAAAUGUGACAUGUUUUCCAUAAAGUUCAACAAUGGGCUAAUGGAGAUUUCACCUUUGAGCAUAGGGGAUCAAACAGAGACUUACUUACGAAAUCUAAUUGCAUAUGAGCAAUACUGUGAUCGAGACAAUGGUUUUAAUUACAUCAGCAACUAUGUGCGUUUCAUGGAUGAUCUUAUUAACACUCCAAAGGAUGUUAAAUUACUCCGUCGAAGAGGAAUUAUGAAAAAUGAUUUGGGUGAUGAUGAAGUUAUUUCCACCAUGGUUAACAAGCUUUGUGACAAUAUCAAUUUUUCAACCACAGAUUCUAUUUAUGCUAGAACUUCCAUGGAUGUGAACAUGCAUUGCAGGAGACACAAGAAUGUAUGGAUGGCGAAAUUAAGGCACGAUUAUUUCAACAGUAUUUGGGCCUUGCUUUCAUUUUUGGCGGCUGUCUUAUUGAUUGCACUCGCAAUUACACAAACCAUAUUUUCCAUUAUUCAUUAG